AUGAACGUGUAUAGAAAGCAAAUUGGUUAUUAUUACACUCAGUUUGACAACUUAGGUGCUCAAAUCUCAGCGGAAACGUCAAAUGAGCCAAGUCUGUUGGAUAAACGCGUAGUUGAGCUGUACCAAUUGCUCGAGGACCCGGACAAAUGUUUUCAUGAACUAAAUAGAUUACGUUCCUUGUUGUCGGAGGUGGUAUCCGACACUCCUCAUCGCGAACUUCCGGAAUAUUGGAUAGUGCUGGGUCGUAGCACGGUUAUAAUUCAUGUUUUUGCGCUUGAGCGACUGCUCAACGAAAAUCUCGACAUUUCUGAACGUAUAUUUUAUUGGAACAGUGUUAAUUCUUCUUGGUGGACCCGUUUAAAUUACUUUGUCGCGACGCUUCCUCGUCGAGUCACUAUUGGCUUAAGAGAAUCACGAAACUUGAGAAAAGGUAAAUCUUCUUUCUCUGCUUUUGUUCGAAAACUCUUUUUUCCAAAUAUGAUGGAACCGUCUGGACAUGAAUCGUUUGCAAUUAUCCUCUCGAAUCUCAGCAUAAACUCCCUGUUACAGCGAGAAUUGCAAGAGAAGAUAACGACCCUCACUAAUCUUCAGCGAGAAAACGUCACUAAAAUCGGAUCGCUUUGCGCUUUAUUAAAACCAAAAGCGCUUCGUAGCGCAUAUCAUUUGCCGGGUUUAAAUGCAAACAAGAUAGAACAAGUGAAUUUAGUAUCUGACGUUGAGCAUUGGAUUGGCAGUCUUGCUGCCAUUCUGCAAAGCACGGAAACGGAAGGAAGUCAACCAGACACAAAUCUUGCAUCUCGACUGCGGGAUAUAUUGGACUGUGCGGAGAAGCCCUCGUCCGCCUACCAAGCAUCCUCGAAAUAUGAAACUCCUUCUGCGUUAGAGCGUGCUUGGCCUGCGAUUGUCAGUUCACUAAUAGGCGGUUGGGCGGUUGCGACAACCGUAAUGCGUUCUCGGGAGACCUUGCUUGCAUGGGCUACCUCAUGUGUGUCGACAGUCUACGAUUUAUGGAAGAAUUGGGUGUAUAAACCGUUCCAGAGCAUGCUUCAGACAAUUCGCUUGUCCAAUGACUCGCCGAGGAUUGCGUUACUGAAAACUCGCAGUUUGUACAGCGACAUGGAAAGCUUGGAACGCAUGGUGGUUGAUUUUGUGCGCGACACACAGUUUUCUGGUGAUGUCGAUGUGAACGCCGUGCAAGCUGCAGUUCGUCAGGGCGAUGUUACACCCGUACUCGAGGUCUACGAGCGAGAAAUGAAGACUCCACUUCGUCGAAUUGUUCGGGGAAAGCUUGUCCGUGCCUUGUUGAUUCAGCUCCAAAAGGCGAAGGUUGACCUGGAGGUUGCUUUGUCAGGCAUUGAUCAGUUGUUGCGCAGUCAAGAGCUCGUCUUUGCCAGCCUGGGAAUUACUCCUGGGCUGUUGCUUCUCUUCGGAAUUGGCCGAUACGCACGGAGCCAUUGGCUUGUCCCUGCACAAAGGUUCAGUCAGCGUCAAUUGAGAUACAGGUUCCAUAAGGCAUUACUCGAAUGUGACCGAAUUCUCACGAGGAACAUGAGUGCGAAUAUUCUUGACGUAGAGCAACUCGGUUUUGUUGUUUGUCAAGCAAACGAAAUGGCAUCCAUUGCUUCUCAAUUACGAUUAUCGAAGGACAAACAGGGUGAAUUGCUCCAUGACCUUGAGGACCUCCAAAUUCACAACACAAAUAUCGCCGGCCAGUUGCGCCUCAUCGACCGUCUUGGCAGGACUGUUCCGGUGGUUUGA